GCCACCCAGGGCAGGUCUGUGGGAGGGUGAGGGCUGUGCUGGCUGCUGGAUCAUAACUGCAGAGGAGCGAGCAGCACACAUGUGGAUCUCCCUUGUUGUCAGGCAGAACUCUUCAAUGAGGUGGGCUCAGGGAGGGCUCUGUGCCUCCGCUCCGGUGAGCAAUAGCCAGAAGCCUUGAGAGGCAGAAGAGGCACUGAGCAAUCGAUCAGCAGCUAGAUACUCUGACUCUCAGGAGGCCAACUGGACUCUCUCACCCGGCUGCAGGUGCAGGGGCCGUGAGACUCGACCCUGCCUGAGCCAUGCCAGCCAACCUUACAGAGGGCAGCUCACAUGCCAACCAGACUAUGCCGACACCAGACUCUUCCCCAGUAGCUUGCACUGAAAUUGUUACUUUCACUGAAGAGCUGGCGGCAGAGGAGUGGCGCUCCUUCUACUCCUCCUUCAAGACAGAACAGCUGAUAACCCUGUGGGUCCUGUUUGUCUUCACCAUUGUGGGAAACUCUGUUGUGCUGUUCUCCACUUGGAGAAGGAAAAGAAAGUCCAGAAUGACCUUCUUUGUGACUCAAUUGGCCAUCACGGAUUCCUUCACAGGACUGAUCAACAUCCUGACAGAUAUUAUUUGGCGAUUCACUGGAGACUUCCUGGCCCCAGACCUGGUCUGCAGAGUCAUCCGCUAUUUGCAGGUUGUCCUGCUCUAUGCCUCUACCUACGUCCUGGUGUCCCUCAGCAUAGACAGGUACCAUGCCAUCGUUUACCCCAUGAAGUUUCUUCAAGGAGAGAAGCAAGCCAAAGUCCUCAUUGGGAUAGCCUGGAGCCUCUCAUUCCUGUUCUCCAUCCCCACACUGAUCAUAUUUGGGAAAAGGACACUCUCCAAUGGCGAGGUGCAGUGCUGGGCACUGUGGCCAGAUGACUCCUACUGGACCCCGUACAUGACCAUCGUGGCCUUUCUGGUGUACUUCAUUCCACUGACCAUUAUCAGUGUCAUCUAUGGCCUUGUGAUCCGAACUAUUUGGAUUAAAAGCAAAGCCCAUGAGACAGUGAUUUCCAACUGCUCAGGUGGCAAACUAUGCAGCAGCUACAACCGAGGGCUCAUCUCCAAAGCAAAAAUCAAGGCCAUCAAGUAUAGCAUCGUCAUUAUCCUCGCUUUCAUCUGCUGCUGGAGCCCAUACUUCCUCUUUGACAUGUUGGACAAUUUCAACCUCCUUCCAGACACCAAGGAGCGUUUCUAUGCCUCCGUGAUCAUCCAGAACCUGCCAGCCCUGAACAGUGCCAUCAACCCCCUCAUCUACUGCAUCUUCAGCAGCUCCAUCUGCUUCCCCUGCAAGGAGCAGAGGUCACAGGACUCCAGAAUGACAUACCGAGAGAGAAGCGAGAGGCAAGAGAUGCAGAUUCUCUCCAAGCCGGAAUUCAUCUAAACCCCGAAGCAGCAGUGCUAGGCUGAGCUCAUUCAGUCCUCCUGGGUCUCCAUCACCAGUCAGUGGAUGUGCAUGAAGCUUGAGCCACCCUGUCCCAGUCCUGUGUCACUUAACAGAUGCAUGAGGCAAACUUCCCAGUGAGGUCUUUCCAGCUGCAAUGCGAGCACUAGCCAACAUGAAACCAUCACCUCUUCAUGUCAGCUAGGGAAGAUAUUUCUCUCUUCCUAAUUUUUCCCAGCCCUCCUUCCCACAGCUCAGCUUCUUGUGAACUGAUGACACAGACAAGCAGAAAGAUCUUGAAGGGCUCUCCCUGAGUCAUCUAAUUACAAGAUUGAAAGUAAAUACAAGAACUAACAAAGAGUAGACAGCUUUCCCCCAGUUUUGUAUUAGAAAUUUGGUGGGGAUAGAUGAGAUAUUUGCCCCUGAAAUGCCAAGAAAUUCACUUCUAGACCCUGGUACUGUACACAUCCUCUAUGUGCAGGAAGAGGUGUUGGCAGGAACAAGCUCCCAAGGCCAUUGCAUUGUGAUUUCUGAAAGGGACAGUAUAGCUUCCUGCUGAGCAAGGUCACCAUGCAGGCACAUUCUCACCUAGCAGAAAGAUCACACUAAAUAGUGAUAGAUCCUUGACCGUGAAUCCCAGAGAGAGCUGAGACCUGGAACUCACAGGUCUUUGAGGCUGUGCUAAGGCUCUUUCCCUCCCUGUAGUCAACAUCCAAGCCACUCUGAGCUCCAUUCCACACACCUCGGGGACAUUUUUGCCCAGCUUCACUCUCAGAAACCUCUUUACCUGGGAGUUAGCUCUAUGGCCUUCCCAACAUGAUGUUCUUGCAAGCUCUUUGCUGCCUGUGUGCUGCAGCCUCUGUCCAUCUGGUACCUCUGCAAGGAAGUGCUGGUUGGGCUUAUUUUGACAGGUCUGCAAUUCAGUAUUUAUAAGUAUAAUUCAAAUGAAAUAUGAUUAAAUGUUUUCUAGUCAAUUUUUUUUCUUCAGAUAUUGCCAGAAGUGGAAAUGGCAUCAUUUGACUGUGUGUACGUCUCCACCCACGGCCCUGUGACGCGUGUGAGCAUUCCUAUAUUUAGCUUCUCAUACAGUCCUUGACAUUGAAAUCUCCUUGGCAAAAUCCUCCCUUCCAGAGUUUAAACCUUUUCUUGUCCUUUCGGCUGACUGCUGGGUGCAGUCAUUAAUAUGCUCAGUCUAUUUUAACAACACCUUAUUCCUCAUUAUUGUAUCAGCUCAAAGACUGCUUGCUUAAGGUCA